AUGUCGGCUCCACAGGCCUUUACACAACAAGCGGGCGGCACCGAUGUUGCACUCGCAGAGAAGCAGAAGCUCGAAUCUAGCUCAAGCUCAGGUAACAGCACAACACCAACCGUCGAUCGAGAUACACAGCAGCAACAUGAAAUUCUCGAACUUGUUCGCAAAUACACAUCACAAUCGACACAGCACAAUCAUAGAACGCCUUUCGAGGCUGCGGAAGGCAGCCGAUUAGAUCCCCAGAGCGAUCGAUUCCGAGCACGAGACUGGGCUAAGUCUUUCUACGAGCUGCGCUACAACAGCGAUGAAGCUGUCGCUCGUGUAGCAGGUUUUGUUUUCGAAGGUCUCAAUGUUUGGGGAAGAGGAUCACCAACUGACUUCCAGUCAACCGUUGGCAACACCAUUUUGAAGGUCCCAGCGCUGUUCGGCAGGGGCAGCCAAAAGAUCGAAAUCCUUUGCGAUCUGGAUGGUCUUUUGCUUCCUGGUGAACAGCUUUGUGUGCUCGGACCUCCUGGUUCUGGAUGCUCCACUCUGCUGAAGACUAUUGCGGGUGAGACACAUGGCUUUCAGGUCAGCCCAGAGUCCUAUUUGAACUACCAGGGUGUUCCAGCCGCUGAUAUGAACACCGCUUUUCGUGGCGAAGCCGUCUACACAGCUGAGGUCGAUGCCCACUUCCCUCAACUCAGCGUUGGAGACACACUGUAUUUCGCAGCGCUUGCUCGAGCACCUCGAAAUAUUCCAGGUGGAGUGAGUAGAGAACGGUAUGCAGCGCACUUGCGCGACGUUGUUAUGGCCAUGUUCGGCAUCAGUCACACUGUCAACACCCGUGUUGGUAACGACUUCGUUCGAGGAGUCAGUGGUGGUGAGCGCAAGAGAGUGACGAUCGCUGAAGCCACACUGAGCUUUGCGCCCCUGCAGUGCUGGGAUAACUCGACGAGAGGACUCGAUUCAGCAAACGCAGUAGAAUUCUGCAAAACACUCCGCACGCAAUGCGAUGUGUUUGGGACGUCAGCUUGUGUAGCCAUUUAUCAGGCGCCACAAGCCGCCUACGAUGUGUUCGACAAGGUCACGGUGUUGUAUGAAGGUCGACAAAUCUACUUUGGUCCGGCACGUGAGGCACGUGAAUACUUUCAACACCUGGGUUUCGAGUGUCCAGAAUCACAGACAACCCCUGAUUUUCUCACCUCAAUGACGUCGCCCUCUGAACGUUGCAUCAAGCCUGGAUACGAGAAUGCGACUCCUCGGACUUCUGACGACUUUGCACGCUGCUGGAAGGAAAGCGCCCAAAGGAAAAUGCUCUUGCGCAACAUCGAAGAGUACAAGCAGAACUAUCCGCUCAAGGGUCCCGGUCACGAGCAGUUUGCGACGUCUAGAAGUCUGGAGAAAUCACGAAAGCAACGCACCAAGUCGCCAUACACGCAAUCGUACUGGAGGCAGAUCCGUCUCUGCAUGUGGAGAGAGCUGCAGCGGCUCAAAGGUGACCCAAGCGUGCCUAUAACCAUGAUCAUCGUCAACUUUUUCGAGGCUCUGAUCAUCGCCUCCAUCUUCUAUAACUUGCCAGGGACCACAUCUUCUUUCUUUAUGAGAGGCGGUGUCUUGUUCAUGAUGGUCCUGCUGAACGCAUUCGGUAGCAUGCUGGAGAUCAUGAGUCUCUAUGCGAAGCGCCAGAUUCACAAUCGCUAUGCGCUUUACCAUCCAAGCGCAGAAGCAAUGGCCUCGAUGAUCAUGGACAUGCCAUACAAGAUCAUGAACUCACUCGUCGUCAACUGUACUCUCUACUUUAUGGCUAACUUGCGCCGAGAAGCUGGAGCGUUCUUCUUCUUUUACCUUAUCGCCUUCACCAUGACUCUCUCGAUGAGCAUGUUUUUUCGCUUGUUUGCAAGUAUGACAAAGACGAUCGCGCAGGCCCUCGCGCCCAGCUCGAUUAUCUUGUUGUGCCUGGUGAUGUAUACUGGAUUUGCGAUACCCGUCAAAUGGGCAAGCUGGAUUCGAUGGAUAAACCCAGUGUCGUACGGUUUCGAAAGUGUGAUGGUCAAUGAGUUUCAUGACCGACGAUUUGCCUGCGCAGCCUUCAUUCCUUCUGGGCCUGGAUACGAGAAUGUCGCUGCUCACCAGCGAGCGUGUGCGGUACAAGGCUCCGAACCUGGACUUGAUUUUGUCGGUGGUACUGCCUAUGUCGAAACGGCGUUCUCGUACCGGUGGAACAACCGCUGGAGGAACUAUGGGAUCAUUGUGGCUCUUACCAUCUUUUUGUUCGUCGCUCAUCUCGUCAUGACAGAGCUUGUGGCAUCAGAGCGUUCGAAGGGCGAGGUUCUAGUCUUCCGCCGCUCAAAGAUGGCAAAAGCCGCACGCCGCCAAGGAACAGAUGAAGAGACUGGCAAUGGCUCUGCCCAUCAAGGUGAGAAGUUUGGCAACAGCGGCACAUCGACACCAAACGUUCAGAAGCAGCAGUCCGUCUUCCACUGGGAGGGCGUUAACUACGAAGUCCAGAUCAAGAGCGAAACUCGCAAGAUUCUGGAUUCAGUCGACGGAUGGGUCAGACCAGGCACGCUCACAGCGCUCAUGGGAGUGUCGGGUGCUGGCAAGACCACAUUGCUUGACGUCCUAGCGAGUCGCACGACCAUGGGCGUCAUCUCCGGAAGUAUCUUCGUGGACGGACGGGAACGCGAUGAAAGCUUUCAACGGAAAACAGGAUACGCAAUGCAGCAAGAUCUGCACCUUGAUACUUCGACUGUCCGCGAAGCCCUUGAAUUCUCAGCCAUACUACGACAACCGACCGAGUACUCUCGUGACGAAAGAGUGGCGUAUGUGGAUCAUGUCAUCGACUUACUCGAUAUGCAGGAGUAUGCAGAUGCUGUCGUUGGAAUCCCUGGGUCAGGUCUCAAUGUUGAGCAACGCAAGCGCUUGACCAUUGGGGUUGAGCUUGCUGCCCGACCAAAGCUUCUUCUCUUCCUCGACGAACCUACCUCCGGACUGGACAGCCAGACCUCUUGGUCCAUCUGCGAUUUAAUGGAAAAGCUUACACGGAACGGUCAAGCGAUCUUGUGCACGGUUCACCAGCCAUCCUCACUUCUAUUCCAGCGUUUCGAUCGUAUCCUCCUACUUGCCAAAGGUGGACGAACAGUCUACUUCGGUGAUAUCGGCCGUGAUUCCAAGGUGCUCCUGGAUUACUUCGUGCGUAACGGCGGACCCGAGUGCGCUCCUGGACAAAACCCCGCCGAGUACAUGCUCGAGGCGAUCGGGGCAGCCCCUGGAGCUCAGACAUCGAUCGACUGGCCUCAAGUAUGGAAGGACAGCCAAGAGUACAAAGAAGUACAGGCCGAGCUCUCGAGGCUGCGAGAACUUGUCAACGGCCCGUCGGCUGUUAUGGACUCAUCCAAAGGAAGUCAUCAAGCCUUCGCUGCAUCCUUCACGACUCAACUUUCUGCUGUUGGCAUGCGUGUUGCUCAACAGUACUGGCGUACUCCUUCGUACAUCUACUCCAAAGCCAUUCUCACCGUGGGCUGUUCGCUUCUCAUUGGCUUCUCCUUCUUCAACGGCGACAAUACCCAACAAGGUCUUCAAAACCAGAUGUUCGGCGUCUUCAUCUUUUUGUUCGUGGUCAUCCAGCUCAUCUACCAAAUCAUGCCCAUGUUUGUAACUCAGCGGACGCUGUAUGAAGCCCGUGAACGACAGUCGAAGACAUACGCAUGGCAGACAUUCGUGUUGUCCAACAUCGUCAUCGAGAUGGCUUGGAACGCGUUCAUGGCCAUCUUCUGCUUCCUCGUCUGGUUCUAUCCGGUGGGCUUGUACCGGAAUAUGCAACCCACAGACUCUGUCGACAUUCGCUCCUUCCACACACUGCUCCUGGUCCUCGUCACCUUCCUCUUCGCAUCGGCCUUAGCACACAUGUUGAUUGCCGGCAGCCCCAGUGAGGAAGUGGCAGGUGCUUUUGCGACCCUCCUAUCGAUCAUGCUUUAUGCUUUCUGUGGUAUCCUUGCAGGGCCAAACGCUCUUCCUCAGUUCUGGAUCUUCAUGUAUCGAGUCAAUCCUUUCACCUAUCUGGUGUCCAGCUUUAUGGCAACAACACUCGGACAAGCACCCGCCUAUUGCGCAAACACCGAGUUUCAGCACUUUGCGCCUGCCAAUGGGACCUGUCUCGAGUACAUGCAAGAAUACAUGUCAAUGGCGGGAGGCUACCUCCGCGAUGGGCAGGCGACGGACCAAUGCCAAUACUGCCAACUCGACAACACCGAUCAAUUCCUCCGCCGCAUCAAUGCCAAUUGGGAUACGCGCUGGAGAGAUUUCGGUCUGCUUUGGGUAUACGUCGCAUUCAAUGUAGCAGCUGCGAUGUGCCUCUACUGGCUGUGUCGCGUGCCCAAGGGCAAGAAAGCAAAGAAAUGA